AUCACUUAUUACCAGUGCUUUGAGGAAAAGCAUUACUACAAGGAGGCCAUCAGGGUGGAACCUCUAUCAUCUGGUGGAGAGAUUGAUACCAAGGAACGUGUGUUUGAUGACUGGCUGAAAUGGGAUCCUAUCUCUAGUGGUGAUGGUGAUUUGCUAUUAGAUGACAUGGAAAAGUUUUUCUGUGGUUCCAAUAAAGUAUCUAAAACUGUGAAAGCCAUUGAUUUUACUUCAGUUGUGGAUAAUUUGCCAUCACAUGGUUUGCAAAUUAAGAAUUUGAUAUCUGCAACGAAGGCGGCGUCAGUGCCACCAGAUAUUUGUAAAAACUUGUUUGCUGUCACAAAUGUGAAACCGGUAGCAAUUCGUGGUGUAUCUGAACAGCCAGAAAGACUUAAUCUCCCAAGUGAAGAGGAUCAGAAUUCAUUGAAUGAUAUUUCAAUGAAACAUCAAAUCUCUGGCUCUGUCUCUUUUUCACCAACUGGUAAUCUGAAUGGUUUCACUGAUAAUGAGAUUAUUGGAAUCCAGACUGCCACCAUUGAGGAUGAACCAAAGAUUUCAAAUGGGUUGGAUGUAUACUUUCCAUCUACUGAAGUGGGAAUGCAUGAUUUCCAAUCACAAAGUUUCAUAACUAAGUGUGAAGCACAAGUUAUGUGCACAGAUACUGCAACAGUUCACACUUUGCCGAAAGAUAUUGAAUUUGCUCCUGUAUGUGAUGAUUUGGCUACUGCAGGAAUUUCCAUUCUAUCCAUGGAUGUUAACUCCUUAGCUCUUCCGUGUGAUGAGACUAAGAGGUCUGAUAGCUUGGAUGUAGACUUAGGUGUACAAGAUGUUGUAAUGGAUGAAAGAUUAGUUAAGAAAGAUUCUAAAAGCAAAGAAGAGAUUAUUUUGGCCUCAUGUGAUGUGUCUUCGCAUGAAGAUUCAGUUGCCAUGGUUGAUGGAUUGCCAAUAGUGGGAUCUUGUGAUGACCUGAAAAAUAAGAAUGAUCAUUCAGUUACAAAUGGCGAGCCAGUGGAGGACGUAGCAAUUGAAGAGCAAACUGAAAUAGAUCAUAUUGGAAGGAAUUCUUGUAUAUUGGAUGAAUCUCUAUCGGGGAAAUUCAGAGUAAAACAAAAGAGUUGUCAUCGAGCUUUUUUAUUUCCUUUCAAGCAUUUGUUGAAUCCUGUAUCUUUCAAGAAGAAAGCUAGGAAGGUUA